UACUCGGUGCCCGGAGCUCCCUUCCUGUUUCAGAAAGCCUGGACUAGAAUUGUGUCAAACCUACUGGCUGGACUACCACCAACCUGGAUUUAUUCCCCCUCUGCCUUUCCUCUUUUUUUUUUUUUACCCCUGAAAUCCCCCUAUACUCUCCCUUCUCCUAUGGCGGAGACUAAAAUAAUUUACCACAUUGAUGAGGAAGAAACACCGUACCUGGUAAAAUUGCCUGUUCCUCCAGAAAAAGUCACUUUGGCAGAUUUUAAAAAUGUCCUUAGUAAUCGGCCUGUGCAGAGCUACAAAUUCUUCUUUAAAUCCAUGGAUCAGGAUUUCGGAGUGGUGAAGGAAGAGAUCUCUGAUGAUAAUGCAAAGUUGCCUUGCUUCAAUGGGAGAGUGGUCUCAUGGCUUGUCCUAGCAGAAAGCACUCAUUCAGAUGUGGGGUCUCUGUGUACAGAGAGCCACCCUGAUCUCCCACCACCCAUUGAAAGAACUGGAGGAAUUGGAGAUUCACGACCCCCAUCAUUUCAUCCAAAUGCUGCAAGCAGCAGAGAUGGCUUAGAUAAUGAGACUGGGGCAGAAUCAGCGCCCAGCCAUCGGAGAGAAAGGCACAGGCGGCGAAACAGAGAAAGUCAUGACGAAGUUCCUCGGAUUAAUGGACAUCCAAAACUGGACCGACACAGGGACAUGGGAGGAUAUGAAAGUGCCUCUGUAAUGAGCAGUGAAUUGGAGUCGAGUAGUUUCAUUGAUUCUGACGAUGAUGAUGAUGACACCAGUCGAUUAAGUAGUUCCACAGAACAGAGCACUUCGUCUAAGCUUAUGAGAAGGCAUAAACGAAGGAGGCGAAGGCAAAGAAUGCGACAGAUCGACAGGUCUUCUUCAUUCAGCAGUAUCACAGACUCCACCAUGUCCUUGAACAUCAUAACUGUUACACUAAACAUGGAGAAGUACAAUUUCUUGGGGAUAAGCAUUGUGGGUCAGAGUAAUGACCGAGGAGACGGUGGGAUAUACAUUGGGUCAAUCAUGAAGGGCGGUGCCGUUGCAGCAGAUGGCAGAAUAGAACCAGGAGAUAUGCUGCUACAAGUUAAUGAUGUAAAUUUUGAAAACAUGAGUAACGAUGAUGCCGUUAGGAUACUGAGAGAAAUCGUCUCCAAGCCGGGUCCCAUCAGCCUAACAGUUGCAAAGUGCUGGGAUCCCACGCCUAGAAGUUAUUUUACAAUUCCCAGAGCUGAACCAGUGAGGCCGAUCGACCCAGCAGCGUGGAUCUCUCAUACCACUGCCCUGACGGGAGCUUACCCCCGUUACGGUAUGAGUCCCUCCAUGAGCACCAUCACAUCUACCAGCUCCUCACUAACAAGCUCUAUUCCUGAUUUGGAAAAAUUAGAUGACUCUCCUCUCACAGUCAAGAGUGAAAUGUCGACCAUUGUCAAGGUAAUGCAACUACCAGAUUCGGGAUUGGAAAUCAGAGACCGAAUGUGGCUAAAAAUUACAAUUUCAAAUGCAGUCAUCGGUGCAGAUGUGGUCGACUGGUUGUACACCCAUGUACAAGGGUUUAAAGACCGUCGAGAUGCACGGAAGUAUGCUAGCAGCAUGCUAAAACAUGGCUACCUCAGACACACUGUGAAUAAAAUCACUUUCUCAGAACAGUGCUACUAUGUUUUUGGGGAUCUCUGUGGCAAUAUGGCUGCCUUGAACCUUAAUGAUGGUUCAAGCGGAACGUCAGAUCAUGAUAUCCUUGCACCUCUUCCUCAUCCUGCCUCACCCUGGCCUUUGGGCCAGAAUUAUCCAUAUCAGUACCCACUGCCGCCUCCCUGUUACCCACCAGGAUACCAGGAGCCCGGCUUCAGCUAUGGAAGUGGUAGUGCUGGGAGCCAGCAAAGUGAAGGUAGCAAAAGCAGUGGUUCCAAUCGGAGCAACAGUGAAAGCAGAAGGAGGUCUGGUAAGGAGAAGGAACGCAAGUCAACGGGGAGUGGUAGUGAAUCUGACCACACCAAUCGCACUAGCAGCAAAGCCCGAUGUGAACGACCGCCCAGCCAACUCAGUCAUCGAAGUCACCUCUCUGUCACCCACAGUGAAAGAAGCCUUCAUAGUCAGUACAGUCAUCUUUCAUAUGGACCACCAGGAGUCCCACCUCCUUAUGAGACAGUGAAGAUGGGCUUCAAAUACCAUGGGACAAGUGGACCGCCAGGGGGACCCCCAGUCAGAGAACUCAGUUCAGUUCCUCCAGAGCUAACAAGCAGUCGACAGUCCUUUCAGAAAGCUAUGGGCAAUCCUUGUGAGUUCUUUGUUGACAUCAUGUGACAGGAAGUGCCUUCAGACACAACUUGAACACUUUAAAGCCAAUCCGUCUUGCAUGUAACACUUUUCUGACUAUUUUUGUGUUACAAGAACCUAAAGAUUGUUAACUAUCCCGAAUAUGUGGCAAGAAGAUAUCUUUUUUUAUGUGACUGUUUGGUAUGUGCAUUCAUGUUCUGAUGAGCUUAAGUAAGUAUGGCGCUUACAGUCGGUGCAAUUAUUGUCCAUUUGUUGGCUGUUAUAAAUGGAUGCUGUUCUACUUUAUUUUUCAUUGAUACGUACUAGUGUAGCACCUUUCAUAAUGUUAACACAUGCUACUUCUAACAAGGACCACUCACAGGGAAUUUGGAAGUGGAUGGGAUUUGCGUAAACAAUCAUUCUGUAUCAAUGUAUUUGGUUCAUAAAGGAAAAGACAUACAAAUCACGUUUAGGAACCUAGACUACUAGAGGUCAUUACUAGUCUACAAAUGUUGACAUUGUGCUUAUUUGAUUCUGUAGCCGAAGGUUGAGUCCCACAGUCAUUGGAAAGUGUACUUCAGCAGUGAUUUGCAUUUGGGAUCACACUGCAUUUGACUUAAAGCUUCAUUGUUCUGUAAUUCUGAAUGUUGACAGGGUGUAGGUCCACAAGCACUUUUUAUUACUGAAAGUAAUUACUCAAAUUCUGGUUCUCUACAUAUUAACAUUCAGAAUUUGUGCUUAAAUGUAGUCUUAAUGAAUAAGAAAUAAUUCUCAUUUGCUCUGUUAGUUGCUUCUGUCCCUCCCACAAACAACACUCACAUUCAGUAAUUAAGUUCGAAAAAAAAAAUAAUGUGUUUAGAGGGGUUAGAUCUCCUUUUCAGUCUUGUGUGGUGAAUGCACUUUCAAUUCUGUCCCUUCAUCUGUUUUGGACAGUUUCUUUAUGAGAUGGUGACCAGCGCAGAAGUUCUUCUACCAGAGGAGACUGUAUUGUAGUAAACAGAAUCGCUUGUUUGAAAAUGUACUACAUCCAGCUUUCAGUUUCUGUAGUCCGUGUCAGUCGCCUUCCUGUAUGGAGGCAUUCGACAUGGAAAUCAGACGCUACUUGAUUGGUAGGAGUAAUAGAAAGCUUUAUACCCUCACCUCAGACAUUCCUACAUUCUGUGCAGCUUUGUCCCUACUGCAUGACAUUAGGAAUGACAUUGCUUAAUUGAACUGUCCUUGUUUCUUUCUGUGAAUUCUUUCCAAUUGCUAACCUUCCUGCUCGAACACUGCUUUAAAACUGGCAGUAAACAAGUUCAGAUGUCAACACAACAGGACUGAAAAUAGCCUUUUAACUUCCAGUUUGUCACUCAGGCAAGCAUCAUUCCUUUCUACGAGGUUUUUUAGCUUAGAAUUAAUUUUGAAUAUUUUUCUUUUUGCAUCCAUUUUAUUUUUUUUUUUGAAAAUGAGUUCUUCAGAGCUAAAUUUGGUGAUUUGUACUGUAAAACACAAUCUCACAGCCACAGAUUCUCCCACUGAUGAUCCUCCAGAGUUGUUACUUAUACUGAGUAAUUAACCAGGUACAACCAGGUAUAACAGUCACAGAAAGUCAGCACUUUAUGCAGAAUAAAUUGACACGUCUGUAGUAAACUGUCUUCUGCCUUUUUCUAAAUGGAAAGAAAAUUCCCUGACCCAUUUCAAAUGUAAAUACAUUCUUACUUACAGCCAUAAUACAACAAUUUUUUUUUGUUUUAUGUUUACUAAAUAGAACAUUUAAAACUUUACAGCCAUUUGCUGUUAAUGCAUUCUGCAGCAGGUGUGCACAAUCCGUGUGAAGCACGCACGUGUUCCUUCUGUGCAGCUACCCAGUCACUUUGUAUUUAGGUCUCGGUAACCACUUUGACAUUUUAAUGUAUUUAGUGCUGUGCAUACUUCUGACAUUGUAAAUAUGUAUUCACAACUGUACAUUUUAUUUCAUGUAAUUUCUCAAGUUUUGGUAGGAUAUCAGUUUUGUUCACUGUGGUUUCCUUUGACACUAGCAUAUGGGAUCAUUAAAUAGCCAUAUAAAUAUUUUCAUCUUUAAACAUGAUAACAGCAUAGAGACGGGUAACUGGAAGUGAAUAGGAUAAAGGCUACAAGCUGUUAAUGAGUGGUUUCCUGUAAUCCAGUGUUUGAUUCCCUUGGCCUCCAUUUCCUACUGUGCAACUCUGAGCAGGUGAUUUAAGUAGGUAAUGCCUUGGAGCAGUUGGGAAUUCAGCUAAGCUACUCAGUGGUCUCCUGAAGUAGAUACCUAGUAACUGAAAUAAAUAUAUAAAACCUAUGAAUCUAUUGUUUCAGUCUGCUAAUAUUUGUAUAAUUGCUGGCGGGGGCUCUAUUUGACAUUAGAAGAGAUAUAAAAAGGGUGUGCUUAAUAUAAAAAACAUUUGUAGAGCUCUGUGUUCAGAAAAUACUUGAGAUUCUAGAUAUAGUUUGGAGUAUCACAAGUAUUCACAAAUGUAGAACGUUUGUGAUACCCUAAACAUGUACCCCCAAAAUAUAUGUAAUUACUCCAGCCCUAUUCAAGUUUAUGCCCACGUAAUAAGGAGGGGGGAUCAGUCAGAAGCUUUGAGGCUGCUCAAGAUGACAGUAAUGAAAACAUAAUUUCAUUUUUAUUAUAUUACCUCCUUUGAGGUUUUGACACAUCCCAGCAGAGUAUUACAUUUAAUUUGUGGUAUAGAGGGUUUCAAACCCCUCUGAAGUUUUUUUUUCUUGUUUUUGGCAUUAUUAUUGGAAUGCGAAAACAAAAUGUUUUCAAUAUUCUUGUGUAGACUUGUUGAAAUGCACAUCUGGCAAUAUACUGUGAAAUAAAAUAAUAUUGAUAAUUUUAAUGUCACUCACUAUGUCACUCCUCUAGACAGCUUUCUGGCUUUUUAUAAGUUAUAUAACAUUUCAAGAUAAUUUUUUUACUGUCGUUUGGGAAAAAGAUUGCAAAUACAGGUUCUAUAUUAGAACAUCGAGGUUUCAAAUCUUCGAAUGUUCUAAUAUCGAUCCCUAUGCAGCGAAAACUUA